CCUUCAUGUAUGUAAAUUUACUUAAAGUCAAACUUCUAUUACAUACAAAUGUAUGGAAAGUAUAAUCAAUAUACAUUAGGACUGCACAACCUUGUUUUAUGAGGAUGUGAGAGGCUGGCGCCAGGGAGUUUGAAGAGCAGUUCCUGUGUUGUUACUGAGGCAAAUUGGAAUCCAACAUGACAGAUAAAAAUAUUUUUGAGAUGAGCGCAUAUGAAAAGAGGCUGAAGAGCUUCAAGAAGUGGCCAUUUAGUAGCGACACGGGAAUGAGUAAAGAGAAGAUGGCUGCUGCUGGAUUCUACUUCACAGGCAGUAAGAAGGAACCUGACCUGGCCAAAUGUUUUGUAUGUCUCAAGGAACUUGAUGGUUGGGAAGAGGAUGAUGAUCCAUGGGAUGAGCAUAAAAAACAUGCUCCAUACUGCCAGUUCAUCCAGCUUAAUAAAUCAGAAGAUACAAUGACAUUUCAAGACAUGUAUGAUUUGGAGAUGCAUCGACAGUGUAACAUGAUUACAAAGAUACUGAAAAAGAAGCUGGAAGAGUUCAAGAAACAAGCUGAGGCGACACGAGAAGUUCUACAAAGUCUUGUCUAGUUACUCUCUUGCAAUUUAUACAGUAAACCUACAGUUUUCUUUUCUUUUCUUUCUUUUUCUUUUUGGGGUUUUUCUUUCUUUUUGGGUCACCCUGCCUCAGUGGGGUGGCCAACUUGUUAACAAAAAAAUACAAUUUUAUACAGUGGGGAACCAAUAUACAUGUAGUGUUAGUAUCUUUUGAAAAUUUAUAGUUGCGUGUUUGAUACUUGGAACCCAUUUUCUCAGUGUGGAUGUAGUAUAGUGUAGGUAGGUAGUAGCGAGUAUAUUUCCUUGAGUGUGCGUAUGGCAAGAGGUCCUAUUCCUCAUCCACUGAACGUGUCCAGUAUGCUGGCUAAUGAAACAGAUUGAAGAAAAUUGUAAAUAUUAAAUCUAUGGUUCUGGAUCAAUCUACCAAACAAAUGUGAAUACUCUGUAAAUGCAUUAUUUAUUUAGAAUAAGUAACAUCACAAAACUAAAAUUAUAAAUGCUAAACCAAUAUUGGUAUAAGUAUAAUAAACUGAGCAGUGACAAAGUGGAAGGGUUCAAAAAUAGAUAUGACUGCUGUUCCAUGCCAGAGGUAAAGCCAAGAGCUAGAAUUCCUCCUGCAAACUCCAAAUAGGUAAUUACAGGUGUCUAUACAUUGAAUAGUAUUUCUUAAACUUAACAUUAAAAAAUGGCUUUAGAUAAUUUGUGUGUUGCCAGUGGUGGGCACGGCUAACCGAAAAGUUAGCUUUGCUAACCGCUAAUCCUUGCUGUACAGUCCUUGUGGCUUAGCGCUUCUUUUUUGAUUAUAAUAAUAAUAACCGCUAAUCCGCUAGCUAAAAAAUUAGCUCCGUUAACACAAAACGGUCGAAAACGUUAACAGAAGCUAACACUAAAUGCUAACCUCUAACUUUUUCACAUGAAUUCAGAUUCGGUUUAGUUGUUUGGUCUUUUACUUUUAAGACUUUUAGAACAGACCUGGAGAGCUUACUAAUAAGAUAUAAGGUUUUAACGAGACAAGAUUUCUGCAAAAUAAAGAAAAUGAUGAAAAGUGAAAUUUUGUUAAUUUUUUAGGCUAAUGGAAAGGACAGUGUUGCAAACAGUACUCAUCUUUAAUACUCGAGUAUAAGUACCAGUGUUGUAAAGUAAUGAAGUAAAACUACUUGAGUAUUUUACUUAAGUAACAGUUUUUGGUAUUUGCUUUUUAAAAAGUACUGAAAUUGCUCAUUACUUUUACUUAAGUACUGAAGUCUGUUAUUACUUUACUUCACUACAAUCUGAUAAUGAUACAUUAUUCGCUGCAGACUCCUCAACAACACCUCAGGAGGAACAGAAACAUCUCCCCUGUUCAUGAUGAUGAGUGACAAUGCACCCUGGUGAUCGCUGACACUGUAAGACUAUAACAAUGCUGCUGCUGCGUUGACAAGUCAUGUUUACACGUCAGCCAAUAGCAUUCCUGACUGACUGUUGGAGAAACACCCACAACAGACAGGAACAAACACGUGCGCCAUUGAAAAGGCAUUGCUUCCUGACAACCAACAACGUAUGAAAUUUUUUUUAGCGGACUGAAAGUUAGCGGAACUUUAUUUAGCAGAAGCUAAUUGGUCUGCUAACGGUUUCCAAAGUUAGCGGAAACACUAAUCCGCUAAACAAAAAGUUAGUUCCGCUAAUUAGCGGUUAGCGGAACUGUGCCCACCACUGGCUGUUGCUAAUGUCAAUAAUUUAACUCGGGAAAGAAACUGAACUCUGUAGAUAGAGCAUGGACACUCAGCAAGGAUGUUACACUCUUUAAUAUCUAUAGUUUCCUAUUUUCUUAGGGGCUUAUACAGAUACAUGUGCUGACAGUUGUAAUGAACUGCAAGAAUUAAAUUACAAAGUGGUUGGAAAUAUACAUUGUCAUCUGGAGCAUUUGACUUCUCACUGAUCUUAAGUAGCCAGAGUACAACCAUGUUCUACUUUUAACUUUUUUUUUUUUUUAAUUUCUUAUGCCUUUCUAUCAUAGGAAAAGGAUUAUAUAUGAUAGUUGUAAAUAAUUAUGAAUCACUGCCACUAAGGUAGUUUGAUAAAUACCUACCAAAUAGUGUUAAACAUAUUGGCCAUUUCCUAGCAAGUAGUAGUCCUGAGAGAAUGUAUUUUAGAAGACUUCCCCCCUCAGCUAAGGUGGUCUCAAGAUUCACUUGUUGAAGGCUUUAACAAAAUUUAUAUACAUAUAUUGUAGUGUACAUGUAUCAGCAUAUACAGUAUAUAAAUGUUCUUUAUAGAUGUCAUUUUCUAAAUAUUUUGAAGAAAAUUCAGGUUGUAGAAAUGUUAUAUUUUAUAUGAAUUAUCUUCAAACUUGCAUGUCUUAAUUAGUUAUCUUAACUCUUAAAUGGUCCAAACGUAUAUAUACGUUUUUUCAACAUUUGAAAGUAUGUACAAAAAAUGUAGAUCUUCUUUCUUGUUUUACAUUCGAAAAUGUGUAAAAAAACUUUUAUCUACAAUUUUUUUUUUUAUAUUUGAAAAUAUGUAAAAAAAACAUAGAUCUACUUUUGGAGCACUACGGAUUUGAACGUCGAUCUGUUUGGACCUUUUAAGGGUUAAAUGUAUAAUUUUGAAAUGUGCAAGACCUUGUGAUGUUACAAGUUUAUGUAUUCUGACUUAUGAUGGAUUUGAGACUUUGAAUACUGCAUAAUCAUUUCAGACAAGUUUUGCAAGAGGUUUUUACACUUCCAUUAACUCUUUAUAUGGACUGUUGUUUGUAUGGUCUACUGUUUCACUGGUUUUCCAAGCAGUCUUGAAUUUCAUGUGUUCAUGUUUUAAUUUUUUAAGACUUACUCUUGGUAGAAAUUGAGAAAAUUUGGAUAGUAUCCAACAUUAGGUGAAACAUUAAAUCAUUACGCUCAGGAGGUCCCUCCAAUUCCUGUGGCACUGUAUAAUCAAUGAGUUUAAUGCUCUUCCUCCCACAUGAAUAUAAUACGUCCUCGCUUAACGACGGAGUUCUGUUCUUAAGACCACAUCGGUUAACGAAUUCAUUGCUAGGUGAGGAGCAUACUAUAAUGGUAGUGGAUUUGUAUCAACCAUCUUUGAUAUUGCUUAAAUGCCACCUUUGCACAGUAUGUUCUUUAAUUAAUGCCUUUACAGUAAUGUACUAUAUAUUGUAAUAACAGAAUAGAGGAAAUCUGCUCUAAUGAACAUUAUUUAGGUAUAUAUAUUCAUCAGAGAGCCCAUCAUGAGUCUGAGGCGUCGGUAAAUGAGUAUGUCGCCAAGUGAGGAGAUGCUGUACUGUACAGUCACAAGGAAAUGAUAAACCUGUAGAUGUCAUACAACACCUGGGUAAAUGAGAGUCAAUCAGGUUUGAUACAAGGAAGCAGAUGUCAGCUCCAGUACUUCGAUCAAGUGCUUUCAUGGUAUUGAGGACCCUCCCUUUGGGUGAAAUUUAAAAAAUCCAGCACAGAGACCAACCUAUUGCAUCUUGCCUAUUUUUAGGAACUUUAAGUAUACACAGUUUAGUUGCUAUAUUAACCUUGUUAAGUUUACUGUGUGAGGUUAGCCAAAUAAAAAUGCAUUUUCUAUAA